AUGGAAAAUUUUGAAAUACCAAAGACAGUUAAUCCUGAUAUUGCCAUUGAGCGUAAAAAUGCCACUUUCAGUUCAGAGGAAAUGUCAAUUUGGCUAUAUGGCUGCAAAGAGAAAUUGGAAAGAAAAAGGAUAAUAGAAAAGGAGGCCUGUGAACUUGUGGAUGAUCCAUUGGAUGUUGAAUUUGCCUCCUAUAAAGAUGUGGCAACAAUGUCUGUAAGGCAUGCCAUAGCUGCGGCCAAGAAAUUAAAAGAGCUGCAGGAUCGUUAUAAUCCUGGUGGCUCCGAUAUUUAUCCAGCCCUAAUGGGUGAUGAGGCCAUUACGGCCCUAAUACCCAGUGGCAACCCCUUGAGUGUUCACAUUCUCAUGUUCACCCGUGCCCUCAAGGAGCAGGGUACCGAUGAACAAUAUGAGAAAUUUGGCAGGCGGGCUGAUAAUAAUGAAAUUAUUGGCACUUUUGCUCAAACGGAGUUGGGUCAUGGCACCUAUCUGAGAGGUCUGGAGGCAAGGGCCGAUUAUGAUCGCCAAAGAGAGGAGUUUAUUUUGAAUACACCCACACUGACGGCAUAUAAAUGGUGGCCAGGAGGAUUGGGUCAAACCUGUAACUAUUGCAUUUUUGUGGCCCAGCUAUAUAUUGACGGCGAGUCCAAGGGUCUGGGCAUGUUUGUGGUUCAAAUACGUGAUGAAGAAACUCAUGCGCCUUUGCGGGGAGUCCAUGUGGGAGAAAUUGGCAAGAAAAUGGGUUUGAAUGGUGUCAACAAUGGUUUCUUGGGUCUGAAGAAUUAUCGUGUUCCUCGCCUAAAUAUGCUGAUGAGACAUCAACAAGUUCUGCUGGAUGGUACAUUCAUUAAGAGCCCCGUCUCACAAGUUUCAUAUUUCCCUAUGGUAUUUGUACGCUGCAUGGUUGCCCGUCAAAAUGCUAAUUAUUUGGCCCAGGCUGCGACUAUUGUUACGCGGUAUUCUGUCAUUCGGCGUCAGAGUCCCAUUGAGGAGGGGCACCCAGAACCAAAAAUUCUCGAACAUUUGACGCAACAGAUGAAAGUCAUUCAAGAGAUAGUGAACGCUGUGGUAUAUCGCCUGGCCGCCCGAAAUUUGCAAACUAUGUACAAUGAAACUUCGGAGGCUGUUUAUCGUAAGGACUUCUCCCGACUCCCCGAACUACAUGCCUUGGCUUGUAUUCUCAAAGUCGCCACCUCUUAUGAUUCGACAUUUGGUAUUGAACGUCUUCGUCAGGCUUGUGGUGGUCAUGGUUAUUUGACGGCUGGGAAUUUGGGUAAUAUUUUCGCCUUGGCUGCUCCGGCCUGUACCUAUGAGGGUGAAAAUUCCGUGCUAUAUUUGCAAGUGGGAAAAAUCUUGAUGAAAAAUUGGUCACAAGUUUUGGCGGGGAAGCCAUUGAGUCCGACAAUGGCUUAUAUUGGAGAGUGUGCCAAGAUUGCAAAUUUCCCUCGGUGGUCGGGGACUUGGGAAUGUUUGCUGAGGGCCAUACAAUAUUCCUGUGUGGGAGCCAUACGCCUAGCAUUCCAUAGCUACAACACCCACCUGCAAUCUUGUCAAAGUCAAACAGCUGCCGUUAACCAUAGCGGUUUGGAAUUAACCAAGGCUGCGGAAUUACAUGGUCGAGCCUAUGUGGCCGAUAAUUUUUAUCAAGAGGUGGUGAAAAAUCCAAAGCAUUCACAACGAUCACCACAAUUUCAGAGGGUCUUGGAGAAUAUGUUGGAAUUACAUUUGCUACAAAUAUUCUUCCGGCAUUUGGGAGAUAUUUUAAGGUUUAUUCAAAUAUCAGAAGAAGAAAUAUCCUCUCUGCAGACUCGACUUGAGGAGGUCUUGAAAAAAUUACGUCCCGAUGUUGUGGCCAUAACGGAUGCAUUUGAUUUUCCCGAUAAAAUUUUAAGCUCCGCAUUGGGCUGCUAUGAUGGAAAUGUUUAUGAACGUUUGUUUGAGGCUGCUCUUAAGCAUCCCUUGAAUAGGAAAGCGGUUCCUGAUUUUUUCGAAACUCAUUUGAAGCCUUUCAUGAAGGAAAAUGCUGUCAAUGCCAGGAAAGCUAAAUUGUAA